AUGGCAAUCUGUAAUAUUCUCGACUCUGGUGUUACAAUGCGACUAAAACUCGGCAAAAUAAGAAUCAGGCCAAUUGCAACGCAAAAAUUCCUCAUUGAUGGACACCGCAUUGCCUAUAUGGGGUCUUUGGUGUAUGUAUGGGAGCCAGUAGUACCUAUCCACGGCACUCCAUCAAGCUCCUUGAUUUGGUGCAACGUCGCUCCCCAAACUGCGGAAGCAGGCUUCGAGGUCCACGUCUUUUUGAUCAGUUCAAGUACUAUGGACUUUCCAAGAGGGCCCGGCGUCCAGAAGUUGACGAAUCAAUGUCCAGCCAAGUUCAAACCCUGGAGGGAUUGCUUCGGAAUAAAGACAAGUUCCACCUCGUGGCUCAUGAUAUCGGCGGCCGAAAUCGGUCAACGCUUCGGUAUUUUCUACCCCGAUCGCCUACGACAUGUCCCCCUCAUCGAUGCCGUCAGCUUUGACAACUAUCCAUCUCACGGCAAACUAAGGAGCGAUUGA